AUGAAACAAAAACUGAUUGAUAUGAAAAGUUUAAUUGAUGCUUCAUCGAUAUUAUCUAAAGCGACUUUAUGUGAUGAAUUAUUUACACUAUGUAAAGAUGUGUCAUAUCGUCAGUUUGGUGAAAAAUUUGACGCAAUGUUAACCAUUAUUGAUACAUAUUAUUACGUAUUGAAAGAUUAUCCAAAAGCUUUUGAACUUUUAAAUGAAAUGAAAAGUGCCGUCAAAGAAGAAAUGAAUUUUGCUACAUGGGACGAAAAAACUGAAAUGAAAUCUCGAAUGCAUUUAUUUUCUCAUAUAAUUGAUGAAACGGAAACAUCACAAGACGAUCAUCAACUUGAAUUUUUAUCAGAUUGUAUUUCGGAAAAACUAUCCAUGCAAACAUGUAAAAUAGAUUGUUUCAAAGACGAGUUAUGGAGAUCUGAAGAUGAUAGUGUCGAUAUACAAUUUCAGGCAGAUUCGGAGAAAGACACGGAAUGCCUACAUUUUCUUUUCAUGUGUUUGUCCAGGGCUGUGGCGAGAGAAAAAAUCAGAGGUGUAAAUUUUUGGGAGAAAGUUAAACGAUUAUGGGAAAAGGGUAAAAACGGUUUUCAUAAUUCACAAAUUGUUUCGGAAGAAAGAUUAUGA